CUUUAGUAGAAAAGUCGGAAUUCGCCCGGGGCUAUGUCCAGCAUGGGCCCGGCGCUGACGCGGGGGCGGCGGUCGUUCACAUCCGUAGAUGCGCACACCGUGCUCUCACCGACCCGCGUCCUGUUUACGCUGGCGUCCUACUUUCUCUUCUUCACCGACAUUCCCCGAAGCGGGUACGGCUUUGCGACGCUGCCGAGCACGAUUUACCACCAGCUGACCGAGACAGUGUACUGUCACUGGGGUCCGUACGACUACCCGGUUGUGCACAUUGAGCGCCAAAUCAACGGCUCGUUUGUCGGUCACGCCGGCGACUUGUCGAUUGAUGCAGCGCCUGUUUGGGCCUACAAGUUUGACACGUGCUCAGUUGGCCUCCGCGCACUCGUGCAACACUUUCAUAUUCCCAACUGGGACCCGUGUCUCUUGUAUGCAUCCGCCUGCGAGAGUCCGACACUGCCGCUCAGCGGGACGUUUGCUCUGCUUGAUAGCCUUGCCGAAUCGCUCGCGUCACUUCCGCAGGGCACGACAACGCGCACCGAGUACUACUACAAGGACAAGAUCCACGAGCUCGUGGCGCCGACCAAGGUUUUUAUGGAGCGGGCGCUUCGCACGAUUCACAUUCUCUCGUUCCACUCGAGAGCAACCGACGUGUGCGCGUGGGAUCGUCCAGUGCGGGCAAUAUUUUGCGACAUGCUGUGGGCCAACUUGAGCUCCAUGGGACCCACCACGGCGGUGACGGAGCUGUCGCGGCACAUCCAAGCGCGCUUUGACGCCGUCGCGUCGACGCUCGAUCCGCGCUCCCAGGUGGCCGACUUGGUUCUCAUCGAGUCAACGGCCGAUGGGCGGCAAUGGAGCGGCGGUGUUUCGCCCACGAUGCCGUUCGACUUGGAUAUCACAACGAUCCUCCGCGUGCGCAACUGCUCCUCGACCAAUGUUUGCACGACGAUCUCGGUCGACGACUUUCGGUACGAAGCCGGGCUGGCCACCACGGACGUGCUGCGCUACUAUCGCCUCUUGCGCGUCAUGCGCCUCUUGGGGCAGCUUUACAACAUUUUGCGCGUCGUCUUGCUGCUCUUCGGGUGCUAUUACGCCCACCGCAACAAGGAUCGGCCUCUUCAUGAACGCAUGUCGACAGCGAUCAAAUCGUUCCUUCGGAUCCCAGCCCAAGUCAUCAUUUACGGCAGCUGGUGCCCCGUCCUUCUGUUCGUUUUGGCGCACGCGAUCGACUGCGCCUGUGUGUACCACCUCAUUUUUCGCGCGUUCGUGACGCUCAACGGCGUCUUGACACUCACCUGGAGCGGACUCUACUUUCUCAUGACGAUCCUCACGUGUCAGAUGCGCAAUGUGUGGGUGCUUAGCCUCUUCACCAAGGCGAUGUUGGUCGCCAACGACCAGCACCGCAUCGGCCAGCACCUUCUCGGCUUCCGCGGCUACGUCCUCCCGCUCGUCUCGCUUCUCGCUCUGGCCUUUGACAUUCGCGUCCUCUCCGCGCGCAAUACCGACGUCGUUGACACGUCGCAGGUCGCGACGAGCCACAUUGUGGCCACCAUCCGGCAACGCCAGACGCUGCCGACCAACUAUCGGUACUGGGGCCUCUUUUUGGACGCGCGGAGUUCGCUUCUGGCCUUUCUGAUUGCGCAUCUCGUGCUUCGAUUUUUCCGAGUCAAACACGUCCGGUCGCGCUCGCUGGUGCCGUACGUGGCCACGUCGUACUGCAACCACAGCAUGUUUAGCACGGCGUGGAGCACGCUCUUUGUGGACCGCGAGCCGUCGGCGCGCCGGCGGUCGUCCGUCGUCGGCAACAACGACGUCGUGAUCCAGACGCCGUUGACAACGAUGCUGUUUCCAAGCAGCGACAAGUACACGGCGUCGACGCACGUGCUCAUGAACGUCGUGUGGAUGACCGACCCGAUCGAGGUGCUGGUCCGGUGCAUCGCCGACGACUCGCACCUCUACGUGUACGUUGAGAAGGCGACGUCCGAGCUCGUGUACCAUCCGUGGAGUUAUGAGGAGCUGUGCGCGCUCGAUGCCCGCGUGCGGAACCUCCUUUCGAUGCAGAGCCACCUGCGAUUUUUCGACCUGCCAUGGCAGGACCGCAUCUACUGUAGCUAGCGUAUGUAUGCCAACCCACUUUAUUGGGAAGACAGUCCCUUCAAUCGUAUACUAAGCAAGGCAGCGCGA